AUGGCCGAAGUUGCUGAUGUCAGUCAAAAGAAGCGCAAGCUGCAGGACGGUCCUGAGCUUGAGAUCGAUAUCUCUGCGCCGGAGCCAGUCUCAAAAAAAGCUUUGCGAAAAGCGAAGAAGAGGAAGGAAGAUAAUGCAGGCGACGCGGGCGACGACGAAAAGCCUAAGUCUGGCAAGCCCAGCAAACCCGAAUCCAACGAAGGCGAAACAGACGGCAAGCGGUCCAAAUAUGGUAUCUGGAUUGGAAACCUAUCUUUCGCAGUGACCAGUGAGGAGCUGCGCAUGUUCUUCACAGCCAACUCCGACAUUUCUGAGUCGGAGAUCACUCGAGUCAACCUCCCCAAGGGCCCCGAGAGAUUCGGAAGACCGCAGAACAAAGGCUUUGCCUAUGUCGACUUUUCCACCAAGAAGGCCCUGCAAGAAGCAAUUGGCCUGAGCGAGCAGCUCAUGACUGGCCGUCGCGUGCUCAUCAAGGAUGCAAAUAGCUAUGAAGGUCGUCCUGCGAAAUCCGAGACUCAAGAGACAACCAAGUCCGGCCAUCCUCCAUCUAAGCGAAUCUUCGUCGGCAACCUCAGCUUCGACGUGACCAAGGAAACCCUCGAGGAAAACUUCUCCAAGUGCGGUACGGUGACCAACGUGCAUAUGGCUACCUUCCAAGACUCAGGGAAAUGCAAGGGAUAUGCUUGGGUGGAAUUUGAAGAACUCGCUGCCGCAGAAGCAGCGGUGAGGGGAUUCAUGUUGGUAAAGGAGGAUGACGGGGAAGAAGAUUCCUCCGACAGUGAUUCAGACUCGGCGACCGAGAAGAAAAAGUCGAAGAAACUGAAGCCCCGGAUGCAAAGGGUUUGGGUCAACCAGCUUAUGGGUCGCCGUAUGCGCAUGGAGUUUGCGGAGGAUGCGUCAACACGUUACAAGAAGCGCUUUGGCAAGGACGCCGAGAAGAAGGACGGAGGACCCGCUAUCACCGAAGUCGACGACGAAGCACGAGAAAGACCCCGACACAACAAGAAGAGACGUGAAUCCAUUGACGAGUCUCGCUACUCCAAGGAAACAGUGCAGAAGCUCAGUGGUGCCAUUGUGGAAGGCCAGGGUCAAAAGACUACAUUCGACUAA